AUGGCUGCAUUGAGUAAAUUUCUGGGAAGGUCCUGCGUGAGAGCCCAGUAUUCAUUGAAAGCUUCGCAAUUUAGAAGGUUAUGCGGCGUAAGAGCUCUGCACUUGACUUCAAGUUUGGCUAAGGAGGAAACGCUUGAAACUACGCAUUUCGGUUCAAAGACUGUAGCAAAGAGCGAAAAGGAAAAGCUGGUGGGAACCGUAUUUUCUAAUGUCGCCUCAAAAUACGAUGUCAUGAACGAUGUUAUGUCCAUGGGAGUUCACAGGCUAUGGAAGGAUCACUUCAUUAACAAGUUGGAUGCUGGGAAAAGGCCAAAUGCCAAGGAACCACUACAUUUUAUUGAUGUGGCAGGUGGCUCUGGCGACAUCGCGUUUGGGUUGUUGGACCAUGCGGAGCACAAGUUUCACGACAAAGAAUCUACCAUGCACAUCGUCGAUAUAAACGCCGAUAUGCUGAAGGAAGGUGAGAAAAGAGCAAUGAAUCAAGGUAAAUAUUACAAUGACCCACGCGUCAAGUUCCUGGUUCAAAAUGGGGAAACGCUGGAACAAAUUGAAUCCAACUCUAAAGACGUGUACACUGUUUCAUUCGGUAUCAGAAACUUUACCAACAUUCAGGCAGGCUUGAACACUGCUUACCGCGUCUUGAAGCCUGGCGGGAUUUUCUAUUGUCUGGAAUUCUCCAAAGUAGAUAAUCCUAUCGUUGACGUGCUAUACCAGCAAUGGUCGAAAGUUUUGCCCGUGAUGGGCUCUUUAGUUGCCAAUGACUUUGAUUCUUACCAGUAUUUGGUUGAAUCUAUCCAAAAGUUUCCACAGCCUGAAGAAUUCAAAUCCAUGAUCGAAAAGGCUGGCUUUCAGUCCGCUGGUUAUGAACCACUAACAUUUGGUGUUUGCGCCAUUCACUGGGGUAUCAAAACUUAG